AUGUCACCCCCAACCGACCGCAAACAGAUCCUCCAAGCCUUCAGGAACCAAAUCCAAAAGGGAACCCCCAUCGUCGGAGCCGGAGCAGGUAGGUAACAUCAACACCAUCCAACAUUCUUACUACUCUCAACUUCCCACAUCCUCCAAUCCUCCAAUCAAACAAAAAUCUGAACAAUGUGUUCCUGUUUAUGCCCUCCUUCUUCUUAUUGAUAUAUACAUGAAACCAGGCAUCGGCCUCUCGGCCAAAUUCCUCGAAGCCGGCGGCGCCGACCUGCUCAUCCUCUACAACUCAGGCCGCUUCCGCAUGGCCGGCCGCGGCUCCCUCGCGGGCCUCAUGCCCUACUCCAACGCCAACGACGUCGUCUGCGACAUGGCGCGGGAAAUCCUGCCCCUCGUGCAGACCACGCCCGUCAUCGCCGGCGUCUGCGCCACGGACCCAUUUAGAGACAUGCCGCGAUUCCUGGCCCAGUUGAGGGACCUGGGAUUCGCGGGCGUGCAGAAUUUCCCGACGGUCGGGUUGAUUGAUGGGAAUUUCAGGGCGAAUCUGGAGGAGACGGGGAUGGGGUUUGAUUUGGAAGUGGAUGCUAUCCGCGUGGCGGGGGAGAUGGGCAUGUUGACGACGCCGUAUGUCUUUAAUGGGGACGAGGCCACGAAGAUGGCCGAGGCGGGGGCCGAUGUGGUGGUGGCGCAUAUGGGUCUUACUUCUUCCGGGUCCAUUGGCGCCCGGACGGGCAAGACGCUGGAGGAUUGUGUGCGGGAUGUACAGGCGAUUCGAGAUGCCGCCGCGGCCGUCAAUGCAGACAUCAUUGUGCUGUGUCACGGCGGACCCAUCGCCAAGCCGGAAGACGCCCAAUUCGUGCUCGAGAGAUGCAAAGGGGUGCAUGGCUUCUUCGGUGCGAGCUCGAUGGAGAGAUUACCAGUGGAAGAAGCCAUUACGGGCAUCACAAAACAGUUCAAAGGCAUCGGAGUGAAGCACUCGUAG